AUGGCCCAGAUACGGAUGAGGAGCGCGAAGGGCCCCAAUGCCAGUGAAAUAGAGAAGAAAAUAAAGCGCGGUAAUGCCCUGAGGCAAAGCUCCUCCUGGCUCAGCACCAGAGUAGUCCUGGCCCUGCUGCUGGCCUCUGCGGGUGUGUGUGGAAGCUUCAUGUGGCUGUACCUGUCCUCCCUAGACCCAGAGAUCACUGAGACGCUGGCCAGACAGAGUGAGCUGCUGUCGCCAGAGCCACGAGUGUUCCCUGUGCCCUGUUCCCAAGACUACGAGCAGCACAAGCGCUUCCCAGGUUGCACCAUUCAGCAGUGCGCCCGUGCGGUGACAGACGCCGUGGUCACCAGAGAGGAGGCCCACGUGCUGCGCAGGCUGGCGGAGCGGGGACUGUCGUUGGCGGGCUCGGAGGGAGGAGCUUCCAUACUCGACCUGCACUCCGGAGCUCUGUCCAUGGGAAAGCAGUUUGUCAAUAUCUACAGGUAUUUUGGGGAACAACUAGACGAGGUGUUCACGGAGGAGGAUUUCCGGCUUUACAGGGACGUGAGGCGAAGGAUCCAGAGCGUCAUUGCACGGACCUUUGAUUUGAACGCAGAGCACAUGUACCUCACCAAGCCCACCUUCUUCUCCAGGAUCAACAGCACGGAGGCCCACACGCAGCAUGACGAAUACUGGCACCCCCACGUGGACAAGGUGACGUACGGCUCCUUCGACUACACCUCGCUGCUCUAUCUGACCGACUACGGUGCGGACUUCAGCGGAGGCAGAUUCAUCUUCAUGGACCCGGACGGAAACCGCACCGUGGAGCCGCGGGCAGGUCGGCUGUCCUUCUUCUCAUCAGGCUCGGAGAACUUGCACCGUGUGGAGAAGGUCACCUGGGGCACCCGCUACGCCAUCACCGUGUCCUUCACCUGCGACCCGGCCUACGGCAUCUCGGACCCAGCACUGCCCACGGCCGGACCCUGA